AGAUGUUGCAUGAAUGGUAUCUCACAAAACCCAUUUAAAUACUUUUUUUUUCUUGAAAACCUUUUGUUGUACUCUUAUUUUUCAAUAUUCUCCCUUCAACCAUGGCCGAUAGUACUGAAUAUACGUCUGAAUCUGAUAUAUUGGACUCCUUUGUUUAUAAUUUGUUACCAAUAUUCCUUUUUACUAUGAACUUCCUUGAUGAUAAUUGGAACUAUAACAGUUCUACUGGCGGAAGAAUAUUUGAUGAUGCUAUUUUCCUUGGUACUCCUUUCAUUGGAACGUUAAUUUUGAUGUGGAUUAAAAACGUUAAUAUUAUUUGGUUGAAUAUUUUUUAUACAAUUCAUGUAUCUUUUGUCCUUUUUUUCUUUGUCGCUACGCGAGUUUGGUUAAACCAUGGGGAGUUAAACCAUGAGAAGUUAAACCAUGAGGAGUUAAAUCAUGAGGAGUUAAAUCAUGGGGAGUUAAACCAUGAGAAAUUAAACCAUGAGGGAGAUGUGAAAUAUAGUAUGAAAUAUGUGUACGAAAAAAUAACAUGGAAAGUUUGGAUACACCGCAUACUAUUUUCUUUAAUAAUAUCUCAGACUAUUCUAAUUAUUUUUAGUCUGAUAUUCAUGUACAAAUUCUUGCCGGAAGAGUCCUUGACUAAGGCUGACUACAAAUAUUAUUUAUGGGAAUUCUUUCCAUGUAUGGUGAUAAUAUUCUAUUUAAUUAUACAAUCGUUGAUUUUUUAUCGUAAGGAGGAUGAGAAGGAGGAUAAGAAGAAUAAGAAGAAUGAGGAGAAUGAACGUAAAAACAAAAAACUUAUCGAAACAAUUACUCGUUUUAUUAUUUGGUCUAUUCUACAUGGAAUAAUUGUCACAGAAUUGUGGUUAUUCCCUAUAAAUGCCUAUUUCACGAAGUUUUACUUAUUAUUAUACGUAAAUUGUGUGACAUUAAUUUUCCGCUAUGAUUCACCUAAGGGGAUCAAAUUUGGAGUUGGUUUUUUAAAUUUUAUUUUCAUAGAGAAUUCAAAUAGCCUUAAAGAAAAUUUUCACUUAUCUGUAAAAUAUUUUUUCUUUCUGGAUGAAGAUGAGAUUACAGAACACAAAGAUCCUGUGCAUAAUGAUCGAUUUAGAAAUAUUAGAAGUUUAUACACGAAAUAAGACUUGAGUACUUGGCUUUGAUCCCUCCCUUUAUCACGUCUAGCAAUUAAAUAUUUAUCAACAUUAUGUAAUUUGCAGUAUAUUUUGUAAAUUAUUUCUGUACAAUCAAAAAAGCAAUGC